AUGGCGACGAGAGCGAGCGUCGCGGAGAUGGAGGGGACGAUGGGGGACUGGGGGGGCGAACGAUCAGGCGGCUCGCGUGGCGGGCGGUGGCUGAAGAUGGCGCCGCGCGAUGCGAUUGCGAUGUAUGUCGACGCGAAGGUGGACGCGCUCGCGAAGCUGCAGGUCGAGUUUGAGAAUGGCGCGGAGAUCCCGGACGCGGACGCGACCCUCACCGUGUUCAAGGCCUGCCUCAGGACCGCAAACCAGCAUCUUUCUACGGCGACACUGACCGCGCUGCCCCCGCUCCUUCCCCUCCUCGUCGCCCGGCAUACGCUGACGCGUUCAACGUCCAACGUGCCCAACUCGCCCACGACGUCCACAUCCUCUACGAGCCCGUCCGCCGUUGACGCGCAUUCACUCCGCCAAGUGCUCAGCGCAUUCUUGCCCUCAGGCGGGAUCAUCGAACGUCUCGGCGACAGCAGGGAGAAGUCGCGAGAGAAGGCGCGCGAGGCGCUCGUACUGCUGGGCGGGUUCGCGUUCCGGAGUGGGGGGACGAGUGCGAUGAUGAACCGGUCGCGCGAGGGGAAGGGCCCCGAGACCCCCAUGCAGAUUUUCGAGAAAUAUUUCAGGGAGCUAGGGCUCGCGAGCAAGGUGUGGAGGGUGCGCGAACAGGCCGUGCUGACACUCGUGCACUUGCGCCGCGCGCACCACCUCUUUCCCAUCCGGGCAUACCUUCCAGCGCUCGUCGAGGCCCUCGAAGACACCGACGGGAAUGUGCGUGAAUGCGCGCGGCAGUCGGUCGUCGAGCUGUUCACGGGGCCCGGCGUGACGGAUGCGGCUCGGGCGGACCUCAAGAAAGAGAUGACGAAGAAGGGCGUGCGUAAGACCAUCGUCGACAGCGUGCUCUUGCGCGUGCUCGCCGGCGGCAGCGGCGGCGCGAGCACCCCGGGCACCAUGAGCGACGCGGGCUCGGAGAAUGGCGACGCGGCCCAGAAGGAGUACGUUCCCCCGAGCAUCGCACUCAUGAAUCGCCGGCCGACGCAAGCUGCCGUUGCUGGCCUCCCGCGGACUGCGAGUCAGAGCAGCGUGGGCAGUGCGCCGCGGCCUGCAAGUCGGUCCGCGAUGGUGUCACCCCCGCCCGUUGACAGCCCUAUUGCUGCCUCCGCGAGCGGUUCAGAUGUGAAGCCCGUUUACGUUGCAUCGGUGCACGACCUUGAGAACGAAUUUGCGUCCAUGCUCAGACACUUUGAGGGCAGGGAGAACGAGCACAAUUGGGCGGCUCGUGAACAGUCAGUCCAGCUCCACACACGUUUCCAUGACGCGUUUUUGUUCGGAUUGAAGAAUAGCUUUAUCAACGCAUCCCUCAAAACGCUUGCCAGUUUACGUACAACGGUCGCCGUGAACACGUGCAUGCUGUAUUCGGAGCUCGCCGUCGCGCUCGGCGCCGACCUCGAUCCGUGCUGCGAAGUGCUGUACUUGAAUCUCCUGCGAAUGGGCAGCCUGACCAAGAAAAUAACAGCACAGCACUCGCAAGACACCGCGGACACAAUUAUGGCCCACGUUUCAGCUCAACCCCGGUUCGUGAUUCCAACGCUGUGGAAUUGCAUGCAAGAUAAGUCCGUUCAGAUGAGACAUUACGCCCUUGGACAUGUACAGGUAUAUCUUGAUGUGCACGGAGCACGCGCGAAGCAUGCCAUCGAGUCUAGCGGCGGCGUGGACCACCUUGAGAAGACCAUCAAGAAAGGCCUGGGAGACCCGAACCCCAAGGUUAGGGAUAAUGCUCGGAAAGCGUUCUGGGCCUUCGAAAGCAUCUGGUCAGAGAAAGGUGCGGCCAUCUUGAACACCUUAGAUUCGACGGCGAGAAAGCAAGUGGAGAGGGCAUGUCCUAAUCCUCAUGCUGUCGCCGCUCUUUCAACGACGGAAACUCCCAAGCCGAAAAAGAGCAGCGUCGCGGCGGCCAUUGCUGCUACACGGGCGAAAGCGAAGGCCAAUGCCGCCGCGCCUCCAAGCCUGCGCCAUCAGGCCACGAGCACCUCGCAAGCUGUGCGAGCGAUGUCACCAACCGGCAGGCACGAUAUGUCCCCUCCAUUGACCGCGAGUACGUCCAUGGGCAGCGUGCGCGCCACGUCUCCGACAACUCGAUCUCCACCGAGAUCGAGAAUUAUUUCGGGCACCAUGUCGCGGUCCGUCAGCUCAGGGACCACUACGUCUUCACGGCCGCGGACUUCUUCUGGUCAACCUCCCCCGGCUUCGCCGCCGUCUCCCACUCCUGGUCCCGGUUCCGCGUUUCGCAGGCGCGCAUCGUCUCCGCUCGUCGUCCCCCCUUCACCACCGAAGUCACCUCCGAGUAGUCAGUCUGUAUUCCGGCGAGCGGUGCACACAGCAUUGCCUGCGUCUCCGCCUUCCAGCUCGGUAAUCACAUUCACCGACCCUGCACAUAAGCCAGGGCGGCCAGCAGCUGCUGUGCCGUUGCCCCGGGAGUCAUUGUCAAUAGCAGGCAUGCACGGGCAUCCUGGCACUGAGGAAGAGUCCCUGCUUUUAGCCAUGAAGAUCCCGAUCCCUGAAGAUAGCGACUCCGAUAUGGACGAAUCCGUCAACCUGCUGUCGUUCUCGGCGCCCUACGAAAUGUAUCCUCCCAUUCCAAAGCCAAGGGCUAAUUCCCAGGCUGCGUCUUUCUCACCAAGAUCAAGUAGCUCGCGGCCUGGGCCGUCCAAGGCACUGUCUACGUCUACCAACUCUCCGCCGUCCAGCGCGCCGCAAGUAAUCGUCGAGGAUGCGCUUCGUGCCCGCGCAGAGCAAGCAGAGAGCGCGGCGGAACGCCUGCUAGAGCUCGUUGAGCCGGAAGAAGACGGUGUUCACGCGUCGCCGAUCCCCGCGUCCUUGAUGAGAGGUGCUAUGGGUACGCCUCGAACGAAAGUGAGGACAGCGGGUCCCAAUAGCGCCAAGGCGCCAUUGUCGCCGCCACGAACCCCUGUCAACAAGACCGCCGCAAUGUUGAAGCAAGCUGCGCUUCUCCAGGAUAGUCCAGCUGCAAAUGGCAAGAGCGCAAACGUAUUCAGCAUGGUGAAUGGCACCGAUACCGCCACUGAAUGGUGGAGGAAACGGACUUCGCUCAUCAAGUCUGCGAGCCCUCUAUUGGGUCAUGAGGAUGCGGAUCGUGAGCGAGAACUGCAAGGGUACAUCUCCGCGCUUGAAGACGGUUCUGCAGAUAUCCCCGCGCUGCAGAACAUGGCACUUCUUUGUACCCAAAUGGCCGUGAUUGAAGUUUCCUCGCCGACAAGCCCGGACCUCGCCGCGUCUCCCACGCCUUCACCCGUCGUGCUGGGCAGCUCGAAUUCCUUGCCAUCUCUUGCUAAGAGCUUUUGGUUCCAACACAAAAACCUCGACCACUUGUUCGAUGCUCUCAUCAGCUACUUGAACCCGACUCAGGACGAAGAGAAGCUGCAGUAUGGUCUCAUUGUACUGUGGGAAAUGAUAGUGAACCAGUGGCCGCUUCUCGAAGGGAAGGAAGCCGGUAUAUUCUCCGUGCUUCUUCAAGUCAGGUAUUGCGCUCGGGCGAAUGUCAUGCAAGCCACGAACAUGUUCCGAGAUGCCCUCGCGGUGCGUGUCGACGCUGUAUAUGGUCUGACGACUUUGCAUGCGUGCGUGCGUGCGUUCCGCAAUGCAACUCCGCCGGAUUCAUCGAGCGCGGAGAUCAAAGAUGGGACAUAUGCGUUCGGACUCGUUGCUUUGGGCAAGUUCAUCCUCCGUUUGCCAGCAGAAGUACUUGAGGAAGAGUUGCCACGGCUUCGUGCCACGCUGAUAUCCGCGUCCGAUCACACCUCCCUCACGGUCCGUGAGGCAGCUGCCGCUGCUAUCAUCGCUGCACAGCUCGUCUUGCGUGAUGAAGCUCAUCUGUUCGCACUCCUUGACGGGUUGCCAGAUGGCAAGAAGAAUCUGCUGACCUACCUCUUCGAUAAGCAUGGCUGCAGAGACACCUCCGAAACCCUUGGACCCUCGCGGACGGAGAAACUCGAGCGAGAGAUGCGACGAUUGGACAACCGCACGAAUACGCCACCACGGCCUCCUACCACGUCCUCUGACAGCUAGAUCGAUGGUCUGUCAAGUCAAGCCAUCCUCAGCAUCCGGUAUAACCGCGUUCAUCUUGUUCUUCCCUUAUAAUACCCAUACCUACUGUUAUGCACUCCCUCGGCCAUCUUUCGUUCCGGAUAUGAUGAUCGGAAGGACAUGCAACGACUGUCAUGAUAGUGAAUGAUAUGCCAAUCAUGAACC